AUGGCCUCGGCAGUGGANACGCCCAACAACAACAACAACAUCAACAACAAUCUCCUCUCCUCAAACUCCUCCUCCUCAGUCAAUGGCCUCGGCAGUGGAGGAGGCGGUGGUGGUGGUGGUGGCAACGGCAGCAACAGCGGCAGUCCGCCCCAGUCCGCCCAGUCCCAGUCCUUCACCGACGUGGGCCACCUCGGUCGGAUCUUCCACGAGUGCCGCAGCCGCCUGCUGGUGAAGCAGAAGAACCUCGAGGAGCUGACCGGCCGCCUGCAGGCGCAGUACGGCAAGGCGCAGGGCGACGUCGGCCGCUCCUACCAGACGCUGCAGGCCGCCGUGGAGAAGGGCCGCAACGACCUGAUGAAGGAGCUGGACGACGUCUACAACGCCCGCAUCGUCUCCCUCACCAUCUUCACCUCGAAGAUCGAGGAGAACCUGCACAAGAUCGAGCAGAUUCUCCUCUACAUGGAGCAGCAGCAGCAGAACGCGGCGGCGGCGGCCGCAGCCUCAGACGGCUCCGCCUCGCCGAACAUCAACGCCGACAUGUACAGCUGCAAGUCCUUCAUCGACAACAAGCUGCAGGCGAUUCUCAACAUUGAUCUCGACUCGAGCGUCCACUCGCACGAGCUGGAGUUUGUCCUCAACUACCACCUGGUGCAGGCGCUCGUCCAGAGCAACUUUGGCUCCAUUCGCUCCUCGCCCAAUGGCAGCAACAAUGGCGGCGGUGGUGGUGGUCAACAAGGGCCAGCAGGAGGCAACAACAACGGCAGUGGCAAGCAGGCGAUUGGCCGCACUGGCUCCAGCGGCUUCAGCAGCGGCGGCAGCAGUCUCAGCAGCAACGGCUUUGCCGACCACUCUGAAUCGCUCAGCAGCCGCUUCAACCAAAUGUCGAUGAGCAACGGCGCCGGUAAUGGUAAUGGCCUCCAUCACCAGCAGCAGCCGUCAUCAAAUCACCACGGCAGCCACCACAACCAGUCUUCAAACAACAAUCACAAUCACCACAACCACCACAGCAACAACAACAAUAACCGCUCGCUCAACUCUUCGGUCUCCGAGUCGCUGAAUCUCUUUGGCAGCGGCUACGACAAGUGGUCGCAGGGCGGCAAUGGCAUGGUCAAUGUCGGCCCGGAUGGCCUCGACGGCCUCGCCGCCGACCCAAUGCUCGAUCUCAACAGCGGCGCCCAUCUCAACUCUCACGGUCACAUUGGCAGCGGCCUCGGCAACGCCCCCAGCGCCACCAGCCUCUCUGACGCCCUCUCGAACGUCUCAAUGGGAGGCGGCGGGGGCGGCGGCACGCCGACCAGCAACUCCAGCGGCACGGUGAUGCCCAUCAAGUCGCAGGUGCAGCGCCAGAAGAUGAUCUACCACUGCAAGUUCGGCGAGUUCGGCAUCAUGGAGGGCCAGUUCACCGAGCCCUCCGGCGUCGCCGUCAACGCCCAGAACGACAUCAUCGUCGCCGACACGAACAACCACCGCAUUCAGAUCUUCGACAAGGACGGCCGCUUCAAGUUUCAGUUCGGCGAGUGCGGCAAGCGUGACGGCCAGCUGCUCUACCCGAACCGGGUGGCGGUGGUCAAGCAGUCGGGCGACAUUAUCGUCACCGAGCGCUCGCCCACGCACCAGAUUCAGGUGUACAACCAGUACGGGCAGUUCGUACGGAAGUUCGGCGCCGACAUUCUGCAGCACCCGCGCGGCGUCACCGUCGACCACAAGGGCAACAUCAUCAUCGUCGAGUGCAAGGUGAUGCGCGUCAUCAUCUUCGACCUGGCGGGCAACGUCUUCCACAAGUUCGGCUGCAGCAAGCACCUGGAGUUCCCCAACGGCGUGGUGGUCAACGACAAGCAGGAGAUCUUCAUCAGCGACAAUCGCGCCCACUGCGUCAAGGUCUUCAGCUACGGGGGCGUCUUUCUGCGGAACAUCGGCGGCGAGGGCCUGACCAACUACCCCAUCGGCGUGUGCAUCAACGACAACGGGGAGAUCCUGGUGGCGGACAACCACAACAACUUCAACAUUACCAUCUUCACGCAGGAGGGGGCGCUGGUGAAUGCGCUGGAGUCGAAGGUGAAGCACUCGCAGUGCUUCGACGUCGCCCUCAUGGACGACAACUCGGUGGUGCUCGCCAGCAAGGACUACCGCAUCUACAUCUACCGCUACCUGCAGCUGCAGUCCCUCGCCACCGCCGUCGCCACCAGCGGGAUCUGCUGA